AUGGCCCGAGCAGCGCGUGGUGAAUUGGCGAAGAUUUAUGGGUGUUUGACCUACCGCUUCCAUCGCCCACGACGGCCAACCAGUGCAAUAGAGCUUGUUGACCUGGGCAAAACAAUCUUUAAAUUGCAAGCCGACCCCGAUGCGAACAACGUCUUCAGACAUGCAGUGCUUGUCAACAUCGAGGUGCUCCGUGAAAUUGACAGUUGGUGUUGGAAGCAUUUCAAUACCCAAUACAUGCACUAUGAGGAAUUCAGGAGACAAGAAGGGCAACCUGAUAUUGGUGUACGGAUGCUUGAUUGUACAUUCACACUUCAGGUGGUGGAAGCGUUGCAGCAUUGGCGUGCUGUGCUCAUUCUAGAGAUUGGGAUCUCCGAGACUGCUCUAAAGAGACUUGAUACCGCGAAACUGGCAGCACCAAUUCUGAGGAAGUCGAUGAGCGCAUUGACAGAGAGCGAACGAGAGGAGAACGACAAGGCAAUGCAGGCGCUGUACGCAGAGUGGCUGUUGCUGCGGCAAGUGCUGAUCUCGGGAAUCACGCGCGUGCACCAAGCAAUUGGCGACAAGGAGUUUUUCAAACGCCAUCGGUACGAGCUGUGGGACCUUGUCGAUGCCAGGCUGGAGGAUUGA